GAUAGCUACAAUCUCAGUAUCUCAGCAAUCAAUCAACAAAGCAAUAGUUCAUACAUCCAUUUGCCGUUGAUAGAGUUCAACUGCCAGCAAUGAAAUCGCCUGGACUGCCGGGGUUGGCUUAUGCCUUGGCAUUUUGCCUCAUAGUCACCACUGUGGCAGCCACCGACCCAACUUACAAGUAUGCAUCCCCUCCACCACCAAACCACCCAUACCACCCACCAAGCCCCUACAAGUCGCCAUCACCUCUUAAGCAUUCCCUUCCACCACUUUAUCAAUACAAGUCACCGCCUCCUCCCGUAAAAUAUCCACCUCCACAAUAUCACUACAAGUCCCCACCUCCUCCAUCUAAAUCACCAAGACCUCCAUAUGCAUACAAGUCCCCACCACCACCAAAGCACACAUCUCCUCCUCCAUAUGUAGAUAAGUCUCCUCCACCACCUCCAUAUGUAUACAAAUCUCCACCACCACCUGUUCACUCACCACUUCCUCCUUACGUAUACAAAUCCCCACCACCACCUCCUUAUAUAUACAAGUCCCCAUCACCACCUACUUACCUAUACAAGUCCCCUCCACCACCAGUCCACUCUCCUCCUCCUCCUUAUGUGUACAAGUCCCCACUACCUCCUUAUCUCUAUAAGUCCCCACCACCACCAAUACAUUCAUCACCUCUUCCUUACCAUUACAAGUCCCCACCACUUCCUUAUGUAUACAAGUCUCCACCACCACCAACACAUUCACCACCUCAUCCUUAUCUAUACAAGUCCCCUCCACCACCAGUCCACUUUCCUCCUCUUCCUUAUGUCUAUAAGUCCCCACCACCUCCAAAACACUCACCACCACCUACUUAUGUGUACAAGUCUCCACCACCACCAACACAUUCACCACCUCCUACUUACCUAUACAAGUCCCCUCCACCACCAAUCCACUCUCCUCUUCCUCUUUAUGUGUACAAGUUCCCACCACCUCCAAAAUACUCACCGCCACCUCCUUAUGUAUACAAGUCCCCACCACCACCAAUGCAUUCACCACCUCCUCCUUACAUAUACAAGUCACCUCCACCACCUAUUCAUUCACCGCCUCCUCCUUACUUAUAUAAGUCCCCUCCUUCACCGGUCCACUCUCCUCCUCCUCCUUCUCCUUAUGUUUACAAGUCCCCACCACCUCCAAAACAUUCACCACCACCUCUUUAUGUAUACAAGUCUCCACCACCACCAGUACAUUCACCACCUCCUCCUUAUCUAUACAAGUCCCCUCCACCACCAGUCCAUUCUCCUCCUUCUCCUUAUGUCUAUAAGUCCCCACCGCCUCCAAAACACUCACCACCACCUCCUUAUGUAUACAAGUCUCCACCACCACCACCUAUUUAUUCACCACCUCCUCCUUACCUAUACAAGUCUCCACCACCACCAAUACAUUCACCACAUCCACCUUAUGUUUACAAAUCUCCACCUCCACCAUCACAUCCUAAGCCUCAUCCCUCUCAUCCCCCUCAUCCUAAACCCCAUCCCCCGCAUCCUAAGACCCCUUCAACGCCACACCCGAAGUAUCUUUACAAGUCACCACCACCUCCAAAGGCUUACUAAGUCGAUGCUUUCUCUUAAGACCAUUUAAAUUAGUGAUAACACGUUCUAUCGUGACAAUAUUUGUUAUCAAUUUGUUAAGCAGCCUUAUAAUCUUGGAAAAGAAUAAAAGUUUAAAAAUAUAGAUGUUUGUUCACUUUACUCUUAUGUGUCAAUCUGCUAAUAGUUGUAUCAUUUCUCGUAUUUGAGCAAUAAAGACAAUAUAUUAUUUA